GAAGCCCCUUGUAAAAUGAAAAGCACCUUGCCCUGCUCUGACUCCUGCCUGCGGAGGGGUUCAGUGCCAAAGUGAAAGGCUUCCUAAAAAUGGGCUGAUCCAGGGAGGGGGGCGAUUUAGGAGCUAUUGAGAAACAAGGAAGGACAAACAGUGUUAGGUCAUUGCUUUUGCAAACACAGCCAGGGCUGUUCCUCUAUAAAAGGGAGAGAAAGCGGCUCCAAAGCCAUCACAGACUUGGAGGGGACAGUCUGUGACCAAGGCUGCUGCAACCCCUCCUCGGCACCUGACUCCCUGCUCAAGUAUGAAACUGGUACUUUCUACUGUGCUGUCCUUCGGGAUAGUGGCUCUGUGUUUUGCUGCUCCCCCCAAGGCAAGUGUCAGAUGGUGCACAAUAUCCAUAGCAGAAGAGAACAAAUGCAACAGUCUAAGGGACCUCAUGCAACAAGAUGGUGUUGCAUUGACUUGCCUGCAGAAAUCAACAUACCUUGACUGCAUAAAAGCCAUUUCGAAUAAUGAAGCAGAUGCCAUUAGCUUGGAUGGUGGUCAAGUUUUUGAGGCAGGCCUUGCCCCCUACAAGCUGAAACCCAUUGCUGCUGAGGUCCACGACCAAAAUGGAGUCUCCACAACCAGAUACUAUGCUGUGGCCGUCGUGAAGAAAGGAACAGGCUUCACAAUAAAUAACUUGCAGGGCAAGACCUCCUGCCACACGGGCCUGGGUAGAUCCGCUGGCUGGAAUAUCCCAGUUGGGACACUCCUCAACCGGGGAGACAUCAAGUGGGAUGGCAAAGACUCGGCCUCCAUCGAGCAAGCGGUGGCCAAUUUUUUCUCUGCCAGCUGCGUGCCUGGUGCUACCACUGAACAAAAACUGUGCCGUCAGUGCAAGGGGGACUCCAAAACCAAAUGCUCCCGCACAGCACCUUAUUCUGGCUAUUCUGGAGCUUUUCACUGUCUGAAAGAUGGAAAAGGAGAUGUGGCUUUUGUGAAACACACAACUGUUCAAGAAAAUGCCCCAGAGGAGAAGGAUCAGUACGAGCUUCUGUGUCUGGAUGGCAGCCGUCAGCCUGUGGACAACUAUAAAGCCUGUCACUGGGCCAGGGUGCCUGCUCACGCUGUUGUGGCUCGAGAUGAUAGCAAGGUUGAUGACAUCUGGAACUUUCUCUCAAAAGCACAGGAGAAAUAUGGUGUGGGCACAACCAGCACCUUCCAGCUCUUUGGGCCACCUGGCAAGAAGGACCCAGGCCUCAAAGACUUGCUUUUCAAAGAUUCUGCUGUACAGCUGAAGCGUAUCCCACCACUGAUGGACUCCCAGCUCUACCUGGGCUUUGAGUAUUACAGUGCUAUCCAGAGCCUUCAGAAAGAUCAGUUGAACCCCAACCGCAGAGAAAACAAGACGCGGUGGUGUGCAGUAGGCAAGAAUGAGAAGAGCAAGUGUGACCUCUGGAGUGUGGUGAGCAACGGGGAGGUGGAGUGCACUGUGGCAGACAACACCAACGACUGCAUUAUUAAGAUCAUGAAAGGUGAAGCAGAUGCUAUCAGCUUAGACGGAGGUUUUGUCUACACUGCUGGUGUGUGUGGCUUGGUGCCAGUGAUGGGAGAAAGCUAUGAGGAUGACAGUCAAUGCAGCAAAGCAGAAGGAGAACCAGCAUCCUACUUUGCUGUGGCUGUUGUGAAGAAAUCUAACAGAGAUAUCACAUGGAACAAUCUGCAGGGCAAGAAGUCGUGCCACACUGCUGUCGGGAGAACUGCUGGCUGGAACAUCCCCAUGGGCUUGAUUCACAACAGGACAGGGAACUGCAAUUUCGAUGAAUACUUCAGCGAGGGCUGUGCUCCCGGGUCUCCUCCUAACUCCCGCCUCUGUCGACUCUGCAAGGGCUCAGGAGGGGUCCCGCCAGAGAAGUGCGUCGCCAGCAGCCAUGAGAAAUACUAUGGAUAUACUGGAGCUUUCCGGUGUCUGGUCGAGCGGGGGGAUGUGGCCUUUAUUAAGCAUUCCAUUGUUGAGGAAAACACUGAGGGCAAAAAUAAAGAAGACUGGGCCAAAAGUCUGAAAAUGGACGAAUUUGAGUUGCUGUGCACUGAUGGGCAACGGGCAAAUGUCAUGGCUUACAGGGACUGCCACCUGGCCAAAGUUCCUACCCAUGCUGUGAUCACACGUCCUGAGAAAGCAAAAAAAGUCCGUGAGCUGCUGGAGAGACAAGAGAAACUAUUUGGAACAAAAGGAAUCGAGAAAGACAGGUUCAAGAUGUUUGAGUCUCAAACCAAAGACCUUCUGUUUAAAGACUUGACCAAGUGUCUGGUCAAACUCCGCGAUGGAAUAACGUACAAGGAAUUCCUCGGAGAUCAAUACUAUGCUUCAGUUGCUAGCCUCAAUACCUGCAAUCCAUCAGAUCUCCUCCAGGUGUGCACCUUCCUUGAGGACAAGCCACUGCAGCCGCCCACUACCCCCGGCGCCCCGCUGUGCAUUAACGCCCCUCGCCUCAUGCGCCGGGACCCCCCAGGAACUACAACUCCCGUGAGCCCCCGCGCCCCGGACCUCCCGACGGCCCUUCCCGGCAGGCCGCGGGGCCGGAAGCGGAAGCGGUACGGCGACGUGUGCGGUCGGCUGGCCAUGGCGGGGAGGCUGGAGCCGCACCUGGAGGCGCUGGGGCGGGAGCUGCGGCCGUCCGACCCCGCCGUGCUCUCCGUCCUCCUGGCACUGCUCGCCGUCGCCAUCACGCUGCUGAUCUGGAGGUUCGUGCAGGGCAGGAGGAGCAGCCGGAAGGCGGUGCUGCUGCUGGGCCUCUGCGACGCGGGGAAGACGCUGCUUUUUGCUCGGCUGUUGACAGGCAAAUACCGUGAUACACAGACUUCGAUAACCGACAGCUCCGCAGUUUACAGAGUCAGCAAUGACAAGAGCGCUAACGUGACCUUAAUCGACCUUCCAGGCCAUGAGAGUUUGCGGCUUCAGUUCUUGGAGAGGUUCAAGGCUGCAGCCAGAGGCAUUGUGUUUGUGGUGGACAGUGUGGCUUUCCAGCGGGAGGUGAAGGAUGUGGCGGAGUUCCUGUACCAGGUCCUGGUCGAUAGCACUGUGCUCAAAAAUGCACCCGCGCUGCUGAUCGCUUGCAAUAAGCAAGAUGUCACAAUGGCAAAAUCAGCAAAACUUAUUCAACAGCAGCUGGAGAAAGAGCUCAAUACCUUACGAGUGACCCGCUCUGCAGCCCCCACCAGUCUGGAUGGCUCAGCUACUGGGGGACCUACCCAACUGGGGAAGAAGGGCAAGGACUUCGACUUCUCCCAGCUACCCAUGAAGGUGGAAUUUGUGGAGUGCAGUGCUCGGGGCAGCAAGGGAGAGGAGGGAGAUGCUGACUUCGAGGGCCUUGAGAAAUGGCUGGCCAAGAUUGCCUGAACGGAGAAGGGCAGGGCUGGAGGGAGAGACCUGGGGAGGCUGGGGGGCAGGACACUUGGGGACUGAAAGGAAAAAGGUGGUCUGAAGCACUCAAAUCUCAUCUUGCUGUAGAAAGAAGAAACUUAAGCUGGAAGUCAGCAUUGUGGUAUCUUCCUCUGCUGCUAACGGGCUUGGGAGCAACAUGACACAAUUGCUGGUGUGAUUUCCUCUGUCUCUUCACACUGCAACGUUUUUUUCCUCUCCCCUCUUCCUUUAUCUUCCUCUGGGAUGUUGAUCCUCUGGCCUUCUGUGUUUCUUUAAUAAUCUUUAGGCUUUUCAUUUGGUAGUUGCCAAGCAAAUUAGGAAGGAGUGCACUUCCAGGUGAGAUUGGAGUCUGCGUGUCAUCUUCUGCCUUGGUUUAGCUUUGGAACCCUGUUGCCUCUCAGAACUACUGAUCACCUCCUGAUUCGAACUUUUUUCCCCAGCCUCUCGCUGCUUGGGAGCACUGUGCACAUCACCUAUGCUGCCCCAGCAAAGUGCAUAGACUCUCUCUCAGUUGGGCAAUCAUUGAGGAGAGUAUAAAAAGCUGUUUUCCUCUGUCUCCUACCUUCCUAUUCUUCCAAACUGGUGCAGUCCCGUUUCUGUGGGACUGGAGUGAUCUAUUAAAUGCCAAAACCAGGCUGGCUGCUCUGCCUUUGUCACUGUGCACUCCCUGUGUCCAGCUGCGGUGCCUGUGUCUUUGGGUGAUUUCCACUGUUGGACAGUUCUUGGGAGUUUUUCUUUAACCGAAGGCUAUGUCUUGAAAGCUUGUUUUGCUCUGCUUCUCCUUCCCAUACUUCAGGCUCUUCUCCCACAGACAUGUAAGUACACUCUCCAAGUGGCGGAGUUACAGUAGGGUCUUCACUUGAAAUGGUGAGGUGGGCAUGUUUUUAGAUUCGUACCUACAUUACGUGUGAGAUCUGGCAUGAUAGGCAUUUGUUGUGCAGUCUCCUGCCUGUCUCCUGCUCCAGUGAUGGCAGUAAGAUAUUUUUUGUGUGUGUAACUAGUCAGCAGUUGUGGCAAAGUGAGAGGAAAGGUCAAGGAACUGCUAGCACAUUAGUCUGAUUCCUGCUCCUGAGGAAGAUGCUCAAUGAAGAGGGGGAAGAAAUGUGAGAUUUUCCCAGUUCAUUCUCAUUUGUCUGUGGUGUUUAAAGCCAAAGCUGUUGCUGUGUGUGAUCUCAACUGUUAAUCUUGCAGGAAAGAUUCAGGGAAUGCCUGUCACUGUAGUUAUCUCAGUGGCUCACGAGGCUGCUCAGAGGCUUGGAGUGUUGAAAGGCUCUGAUUCAGCAUGCUUCUAACUGCCCAAGGGGCAUUUGCUCUGCUCCUUCCCAUGCUCUGGCCGGGAGCAUUGGUUAUCCAAAGGGAGAUCUUCCAGCAGCAUUGGUGUUUGGUCAGGUGGGAGACAAGCCCCUGGUGCUGUGCUAGGCAUUCAGCUUCCCCUUCCUGAACAGCCUUAAAACACAGUUGCCCUGCCCAGCAACUUCAUAUAGCUUUGUGUUCUGAUGGGCUGUCAUUUCUGUGCAGCACCUAUGUGAGGAUGAUUGCUCUCCACACCACAUAUUGUGAAGUCCUACGGCAUUGAAAUUUUUCCUUUGUUUUGUUGCUUCCCCUUUUGUUUUAGGGUAGGAGGGAGUGGCUGGCUCCUGAUAGGCUUUUUAUGUCCUUUGCAGGCUCCUCUCUGAUUUGAUGCUUCCUUCAUCACUCAACUAGUCUUGUGUUCUUUUCCUUUUCGUCUGGGGCAUUCUCUUCUUCCCUGUAGCAUUGCCAAGUGUUAGUAGCAAGAGCAAGGUCCUGUGCUCAUGAUGGAGCUGGGCCUUGCAUUUCUAGUCUUGUGAACCCAGUGGCUCUUCUGCUAUCCAUGCAGGAGGUGGGGAGGGUUAUAUUCACAAAGUAUGUUAUAUUCUUACAUUUCCUGCAGCCAGAGCAUUGUUGGAACAUGUUUGUCAUGCUUUGAACUCCUUUAGCUGGAGAUCCUUCCUAGGCUGCCUGCUUUGAAUCUGUAAUGCUGAAGUGAGAAUAUUGCUGUUUCUUUGGGUGGUUAUUCUACUUGCAAAGACUUGUCUCCUUGAAAAGCAGAGGCCAAGCACCAGCCUCUGCUGGGUUAAGGGGGGAAGGUAGCA